AAUUUUCUGGCGUUAUGUGCUUCUGACUACUACAAGGGCUGUAUAUUUCAUCGAAAUAUAAAGGGAUUCAUCGUCCAAACUGGUGACCCGACAGGUACCGGCAAGAAUGGACAAAGUAUCUGGAAGCAAAAGUUUAAAGAUGAGUUCAAUGAAACUUUGAAGCACACUGCGCGCGGAGUAGUGUCAAUGGCGAACAAUGGCCCCGACUCUAAUGGAUCACAGUUCUUUAUCACAUACAGUAAACAGACAAUGCUGGAUAUGAAGUAUUCAAUUUUUGGCAAGGUAAUUGAUGGAUGGGACGUUUUAGACGAAUUAGAACGGGCGCCUGUAGAAGACAAGACUUAUCGACCAUUGACGGACAUUCACAUACAAGAUGUUGCUCAUACACAUGAAACCCAGCAAGGCAAACAUGCCUUCUCGUUCUCUUGGCCUCUUUGGGCAGGUCGCAAAGUUGCUGUUAUUAAUUUAGAUCCUGCAAACGAUACCUUGCCCUAUAAGUGCGCUGUAGAUCUUAAGGAUCUCAUUCGGCUGGACGAAGUUAUGCAGUCGCUUCAUCUCGGUCCCAACGGAGGUUUACUUUAUUGCAUGGAAUACCUUUAUAAAAACCGCAACUGGUUGGUGGAUAUGCUGACAAAGCUCAAACGCGAUUCUCCGAAAACUUAUGUCUUAUUUGACUGUCCAGGACAGGUCGAACUGUAUUGUGUCAGUGGGGCAUUCCGAAGGCUUCUGUCCUUUCUAACGCUCACUCAUCUUCCGACAAGUACAAUCCCGGACUCCAACCAGCAGGUUAUCUCUCUUCCGAAACCUGUUAUAGAAGCUCCUAGUCAAUCAGAUCUCUAUGGGCUGGGUCUCAGGCUGAGCAGCGUUCAUUUGGUGGAUUCACACUACUGCACCUGCCCGGGGAAGUUUAUCUCCGUACUUCUUACUUCGUUGGUUUCAAUGCUGCAGUUGGGGUUGCCACACGUAAACGUGCUGAGUAAAAUCGAUCUUAUUGAACAGUAUGCGCCGCUUAGAUUCAACUUGGAUUUUUUUACCGAGGUCCUCGAUCUGUCUUAUCUAGUUGAACAAUUAGAUGACGUCCCGUUUUUCGCAAAAUAUAAGAAACUAAACAGAAGGCUUGCAGAACUCGUCCAAGAUACUGCUUUAGUCCAUUUUCUGAUUUUGGACGUUCAGGAUCGCACUCACCUUGAGCAAAUAAUGCGGAAUGCUGACAAGGGCAACGGCUACGUAUUUGGUACUAAUGAACAGCGAACUUUGCAGUCCAUGCUCUCGUAUGCGUCCGGAGCGGAGUUUUCUGACGAUUUGGUGUGUCUUGCGCAAGAAAAAUACACUCAUGCGAGUUCCAAAAUUGAAAAGCCAAACUGA